AUAAAUUUUUAAAUAAUAAUAUAAUAAUUAUUUUUAAAAAUAUGCUACUCAGACGCCGUCGCUUUGAUAAAACCACGCCACUUGCCACCGCACUCCCCCAAAAGCUAACACAUCACCAAAGCUCAUUCCGAGAGACAGAGAGAAAGAUGAGUGAAGACGCGAAAAAGAACAUUGCCGGAGCUCUAACGGCGAGGCCCAACUCCGAUGACCAGAAACCAUCGCCGUUACCGUCACCGGCGCCAGCCGUCCCGCCGAAGAAGGUCAUCAUCAAGAGCGCCGACAUGAUCCCCGACAUGCAGAAGGAGGCCGUUGAUAUCGCCGUCGCCGCGUUUGAGAAGUACAAUGUGGAGAAAGACGUUGCGGAGCAGAUAAAGAAGGAGUUCGAUAAGAGGCAUGGACCCACUUGGCAUUGCAUCGUUGGUCGUAAUUUUGGCUCAUAUGUGACUCAUGAAACAAACCACUUUGUUUAUUUCUAUUUGGAUCAGAAAGCUGUUUUACUCUUUAAAUCUGGCUAGAGAAGUUGACAACAAUGAGAACUGUCUUGUGAUUAUGCUAAUGUAUUCCGUCCUUGUGCUUGUAUAUUUGAUGUCAUGUAAACUAGUUCUCGGUUUGGAUAUGAAUUUAAGGAUUACUUCAUUUGAGAUCAGUGUUUUUUUUUUC